AUGGAUACUUGGGGAAGCUGUGUGCAGAAAGUGGAGUAACGUUAAGUUAGCUGGAGCAGUUAAAUAUUUAUUAUAUUGCUAAUUAGUGUUAGCCGAAAUAAGAUACAAUAAAUUAUCUGUUUUAGUUACAGAUAUUCGAUGUCCAAAAUGACGGAUUUGACUUCAACGUGAGACUGAAAUGGAUUAGGUCUUGGCGCUGGGUCGCCAGGAGGGAGUGUUUGCGUCCAUGGUGAUGGUGGAGCAGAGGACAGGAUGACGUCUUGUCUGUAUGAGUGCCUGUACGAGGCGGGGUUGCAGCGCUACUACCCACAGUUCACCGCGAUGGGGCUGAGCCAGCUUGCUCACCUGUCCCAGCUCACCAUGGGAGAUUACCCCAGGCUCGGGGUUCAGGACAUGGGUGACCGCACGCGGCUCUUCCACCUAGUACAGCUGGUCAAGGGCUUUGAGGAGGAAGAGGACGAGAGGUAUGUCGAGGAAGAGAGAGCAGCUGUUUCGUCCAGGAGACCGCCUCCACGAAGACAGCUGGACUUCAGCGUUCUUUCCCCUGAGCCCGAGAAACGGCGGCUGGGUCGCGACUGCAUGACCCCCUGCAAAGCCCAGACCGACAGGGAGACACCCUUCCGCAGCGUCCCAGGCGAGAGGGUGGCGUGCAGACGUAGCGCCCACACUCCAACGGUGACCCCUAAACUCAGCAGUCACACGGACAAGGAGGCAGCCAGACACAGCAGGCGCAUGGAUAAGGUAACACAGCACAGUGACAGGGAGAGAGGAGAGAGGCGGUGGGCGGAGCUCUCCUACAGGAAGUCCCUGCUGAAACAGGAAGCGGCCCCGAUGCACCAAGGGCAACGUUCUCCAGGUUACAACUAUGGCCUCCCGAUGAGCUCACCUGCGUCCUCAACGAGGUCAUCGGCUGGCCGGGCAGCAGCGGAGAGGAUCCGGGUGUGCGUGCGGAAAAGGCCUCUGAGCCGGGCGGAGGAGAAGAGGGGCGAGGCGGACGUGGUCGCGGUUCGGAAUGGGGAGAGCGUGCGAGUGCACGAGCAGAAAGAGGCGGUGGACCUCACCCAGUACGUCCUGCAGCAUGAGUUUUAUUUCGAUGAAGUCUUCAGCGAGGCGUGCACAAAUGAAGAUGUGUACGAGAAGACGGCCUACCCCCUUAUCCAGCACAUAUUCAAUGGGGGGAAGGCCACGUGUUUCGCGUACGGCCAGACGGGGGCGGGGAAGACGCACACCAUGCUGGGGUCAUCGCCGCGGAGACCGGGGUUAUACGCGCUGGCGGCCCGCGACAUCUUCGCCCGGGUGGCGCAGGCCGAGCAGAGGCCCGGUCCCAGUCCCGGUCCCGGUCCCGGACCCCUCAGCGUGCGCGUCAGCUUCUUCGAGAUAUACUGCGGCCAGCUGUACGACCUGCUGGACCACAGGAAACGGUUAUUUGCUCGGGAAGACGGUCAGCGUAUGGUUCAGAUUGCCGGGCUAAGAGAGGUGGGGGUGGAGUCUGUGGCCAGUCUUCUGGAGGUGAUCUCCCGGGGCAGUCGCGAGCGGAGCAGAGGGGCGAGCGGGGUGAACUGCGAUUCGUCGCGUUCCCACGCCCUGCUGCAGAUCCACCUGAGGGCCUGCACGCACCAGCUGGUGGGCAGGAUCUCCUUUGUGGAUCUGGCUGGGAGUGAGAGGGCGUGUGACACCAGAGACCCGGACAGACAGAGCCGCAUGGAGGGAGCUGAGAUCAAUCAGAGCCUGCUGGCACUGAAGGAGUGCAUCCGGGCGCUGGACCAGGAGCUGUCUCACACGCCGUUCAGACAGAGCAAACUCACGCAGGUGCUGAAAGAUUCCUUUAUCGGGAAUUCUAAGACCUGCAUGAUCGCCAACAUCUCUCCGAGUCACCUAGCAACAGAACACACCCUCAACACCCUCCGAUAUGCUGACCGGGUUAAGGAGCUGAAGAAGGGAGGAAAGAGUUCCCAUAGCCACGGCGGGGCGUGGGGUAAAACGCUGGCCACCCCAUCCCCCAAACGCAACAAACACCUUAGCCGGGGGAAGAGCCCGACCAAGAAGGUGAAACUCGGGGUGCAGAGGGAGUCCAGGGGCGCCCCCUCCUCUGUGCCUGCAGGGGUGCUAUUCUCCCCCGGGGCGAAUCUGCUCUGCUCCACGCCCAAAGCCAUGGGCGGGGCUAGGCUGGAGGGGGGCGGGGCAGUGGGUGAGGUUCGCCUGGACCACACCACGCCCCUGAGGGGCACCCUGGGGAGGGGGCGGAGCCGGAGGGACAGAGGGAGCGAGCGACAGAGUGAGAGGCGGGAGGAGGAGGAGGACGGGGGGAGUAACGGAGGGGAGGCACGCGGGCAGGAGGCGCGGAUGUGGGCGCGGCCGGUGUGGAAGGAGACCGUCCCCUGGGAAACUCUGAGAGGCCACGCCUCCUCCCGGAGAAAGGAGAGGGAGUGGGAGAGGGAGGGAGAGAGGGAGGAGACGGAGAGAGAGAGGCACCUGAGGAGGUAUCACGAGCACCUGCAGCAGUUCCUGCCCUCGGCCGCUCUGCUGAAGACCCCGCGGGCCCCGGAACCUCCGGCGGACUCGCUGGGGCCACGCAGCCCCCGUCAGCCCGCUCCUGCAGGGGAGGAGGGGGCCAGCAGGAGGCGCCCCAGCCCCUCGCACGCUCUGGAGCUGGGGCACGGCAGCAGGAGCGGUCCCGGGGAGCGAGUCCCGAAUGCCGUGGACGCAGAACUCGCCCGAGCCCGUGGCGAAAUGCAGGAGACGCCCCCGUUCGGGUGGGGAAGGGGUGGAGACGCGAGGGAGCUGGGACGCGAUGGGCUCGCACUUCAGGGAGAGGGCCUGGGCUGGGGGGAGGGGCAGCUGCCAGGGGCGGGGCAGGGGGAGGAGCAUGACCAAGAAGUCGGCCGGCAAAGGCGGGGUCUUGAGGGCAUCGUCGAGGGGCACCGGGACAGACGGACCCCCGUCAGCCCCGCGACUGGGAGCGAUUUAGGGCUCGGGGAACGGUGGGGUGUGCUGGGAGCCGGGGAUGAAGAGGAGGAGAGCUGGGAGGGAGAGAGGGAAACGGAAAGAGGCAGCAACGGGCCGGCUCUGUUGGGGUGGAGCUCUGAAGAAGAGGACUACAGCGCCUACCUGUCCACAGAGAGCAGCAGCAGCAACAACAACAACAUCCCAGCGGAGAGGCCCCUAUCGCCACCCAGGACCAGCUCCGCCCUGCUGGCUGAGGACCUCAACGACCUCUCCCACGAGUUAAAAUGCUCCAACUCCCAGCCUCGGGAGGGGCUGGGCCCAGCCUGGGCGGGAGCAGACCCCUUGCGGCUACAUUUCGACUCCCUGCCAAGCGACUCUGUGAACAUCGCCCUAUCCGCCUCUGCCCCUGCCGUUAGCACGCCGCUAACGGGCUGCUCGAGGAGAGUGAGUGGGAACCCAGACUCCGGAGAAGCGCCGGCAACCUUGUUCGCCUUACCCGGAGAGGCUCCGGCUGCGGUGACAUCAUCGACAGGGGCGGAGCCGCAGGACGGCACGGGGCCCAUGCCGAGAGGUACGGCUGGAGCGGCCACGCCUUUGGGGUCGGCUCCUCUUUCACGUGGCUCCUCCCCCUCCGCAGCGGAGAGCUCCACCUCCACCAUGGACCCCCUCUCCAUCUCCCUCCUGCAGGUGGAGCGGCAGGCGGCCACGGACUCCUUCCUCCGCCCCAGCUCCUGCUCCCCCUGCGCCUCUCCUGAGGGAGACGGUGGAGAGAGGGGCAGGGCAGGGGAGGCUCACCUCCUAUUGGAGGCUCUGUUGGACAUCCAGACCUAUUGGGGUAACUUUGAAUCUGCAGUGGCACCAGAUGACCAGAGAGGGCAGCAGAGUUUUGACCUAAAUUCUGCUCUCCAGUGUAUGAAAGGGAUGAGUGCCACCAAGGACCCCUCUCUCAGCCUCACCCCAUUCCCAGGCAGCUUCAUGGAGACCGUGGCCCAGCCCGACAGUGACAUUCUGGGGCUCAUAAAGGCUGCAGCUUCCCCUGGAGGCCCCAACACCCAGGACCCUGCAGGGAAGACUGUAAGCCAUGCCUCCCUGAGCGGACAGGGCCAAUCAGAGCCCUCCCCCACUGAAGCCGGUCCACUCAAACCCACGCCCGUCACAGAGAAAAGCUCAGGCGUCCAGCAGGGGAUCUCUGGGGACAGCAUAAGGACGGAACCAAAGCAGCGAGAGGUGCGGGAUGAGCAGGGUUUGCCUCUCGGGAGGGCGGAGUUGGGACGACAGGACCUGCCUCACGAAAUCCUACCAACAGGAGGCCUGGGGAAGGCGCACUGCACCAUACAGGACCCGUCCUGGGACAGCGACCCCCCCGUGACCUCCUCGUACCCACAACUCGCCAGCAGCACGAGCCCGAGCAGCGAGAGGCUGGGCCCAGCACAGAGGCUGGUGGUUCAGGCGCACUGUGAGCAGCUGGAGGAGAUGGAUUCUCUGUGCCGCAGAGAGGAGGCGCUGUUGAGCCUGCAGCCCAGCAUGGACUUCACUGACUAUGUGCUGAAGCUGGGGGAGAUCAUGGAACUGAAGGCCAAGUGUGUGCGUAGCAUGAGAGCCCAGCUGCAAAUCUACCUGACCUGCAGUACUGACUCUCACACACUGGCUCACUGACAAUCACACGUUGGCUCAUUGACUCUCACACUGGCUCACUGACAAUCGCACGCUGGCUCACUGAGUCUCAUGUGCUGGCUCACUGACUCGCACGCUGGCUCACUGACUCUGACACGCUGGCUUACUGACCGCCACACGCUGGCCCACUGACUUUCACACGCUGGCUCACUGACUCAAAUGCUGGCUUACUGACAGUCACACUGUGGCUCAUUGACUCUCAAACGCAGGCUCACUGACUCGCACACUGGCUCACUGGCUCACGUGCUGGCUCACUGACUCGCAUGCUGGCUCACUGACUCACACGCUGGCUCACUGACUCACACGCUGGCUCACUGACUCACGCUGGCUCACUCACUCAAAUGCACUGGCUCACUGACUCUCACACUGGCUCACUGACUCACAUUCUUGCUCACUGACAUCCUUUGACAAACACUGACUAACUGACGUGAAGGCUUAAUGCCAGUUUAGCCCUGUGACAGAUGCUCACCAGCUAGUUAACUGACACUCUGCCACAUUGACAUUCGGACUUGCAUGUUGAUUCACAAACCCUCAUGAGCUGAUUCACUGAAAUACUGAUUCACAUGCACGCUCAGACACACUCAAAUUGACUGACUAACUAACCAAUCGACAAACUUGCCCACAAGCUCUCAUUUAGGCUUACUGCCACAUUAACUGACACACACACAGACAAUCUGUGAUAUCCACGACUGUUACCAAUGGGGUCGUCUGAUUCACACCGACAGAUGGAUAAACAUCCUGUUGAAAGGACUGAUGUGCUACCUGUCAGGCCUCUCCAGAGCUUGACUAAGACAGGAUCAGCAUCUGUGUUCCUGAGAGUAAACAUUCCCCAGGCCCUCCACAUCCUGUUCGUUUUCAACACAAAAUAUUUAUGUAUGUGUGCCUUCCCUACAAGAGCUAACUAACUGGUGGAUAAGUGCAUUUUACCUCUGUAUUUAGUUCACUUGAACCAAAGGAGGAACAGCUGAGAAAUGUAUUCCUCUGAAUGACGUGUGUGUGUGUGGGUGUGAGAGAGAGAGAGAGAGAGAGAGAGAGAGAGAGAGAGGGGAGGGCUGACUGACAUACAGACUGACUGAUCUGCCUCCUGAUGACUAAUCUUGUCAAUAAAUAAUGUUUUGGUUUCCCAUGAAACAACAGAGAUAUGUUAGGAUGACUAAAGCACAAUUUCUCUUUUGCCUUUUAUACACAUGAACAUGAAGAGGACUGCAUUUUGUAGCUUUGUACCAAUGCACUGUGUUCAUUUGACUCAAUUUUGGGAAUGUUCUUCAGACUGAAAUUUUCUGUCCAGAAAUGGAAGUUAGCCUAUUUGUAUGGAGUAGCACAUGCCUAAUUUGAGUGUGACUGAUCAAGUGAAGUUGCUUAUAGAUUUUUGUUAAUUAACAUAUUCACAAGAUCCCACUCAUUAUCGAGUGUGGAAUUGUUUUUUUAAUUUAUAAGUUACCUAAGUGCGUUAUAAAUGGAGUUAGGUAAAACUGUUAAGGCAAUAUCAUGGAAAUAGCUAUUUUACAAUUUGAAUCAGGAAAAUAUUUUUAAAGAUUGCAGCACACUCCUUGACAUUAACAGCAUAUAGGAGUAUAUCCUGCACAAUUUUGAAAAAAUAGAACGCUGCGAAGUUGGCUCUUAAACUGGAUUUCAUGAUAUGGUGUAGGUACCAUUCGCAUGUGGCGAUUGAUAAAACGUACAUUUUUAAACUCAUUUUUUUAUUUGCUUGUUUACUUUAACUUAUUUUUGCUCCGUCAUUCUGCAGAAUUAAUUUACAUUUUCACCUCCGCCUUUUUGCCCAAUGGUCAACAGGGGUCGCUUCUGCAGUAAAUCUUCAGGAUUUAUUUAACUCAGUUAUGCUGCAGAGUAUGCAUUUUGAAGUUGUCAAUUGUUAAAUUACGCCACGAACCUGUCUGAUUUGGAAAAUGUACUUUAUACUGACUACACUAGAAAAUCUAUAAAGAAGCCUGAUGCUUGAGAUCUUGAAGUGUUACCUUGUUAACAUAAAUAUAUAAAAUUGGACAUGAUUGUAUAAUUAGAUGACAAGCGGGAACGAGAGGUGGGGAAUCGGGCGAACAAAAAUGGCGUCCCGCGAUGAUGCAGGAAAUAGAUUUCGGUUUCAUUAAAACUUGGCUGAAAGUGCAUCGCCCGGAGGGUUCUUCCCCGGAGGCAUCGGUAAAAAACUUUGGAGACGCAAAGACACAG